CAGGACCAGCAGAGAUCCGCAGUGAGUGUGAGCUGAUAAAGAAUUGCAGUUUGUGAUCCCUGCAGUUCUGUCAGGGAGUUCACUCCGGCUCGUUUCGUGUCCCCUCAGUGUGUCCCCUCUGUGUCCCCCAGUGUCCCACAUUCUCCCGGUGGCCUCUCCUCUCCAUGGCCCCCCUGGCUCACACCCUGGCACUGCUGGCAAUGACCGUGGCCACUGCAGCCAUUGAUGUGAAGUGGAUGGACAUGGCCCCAAACUCCUUUGAUGACCAGUACUGGGGCUGCGGCCCUGCCAUGACCGCGGCGUUGCCGGCCCUCAACCGCUCUGAGUUCCAGAAGAAUCCUCUGUUCGCCCAGGCCUGGCUUAAGGCCGUGGCUGAGUGGCAGAGGAAGGGGUCCCCUGUGUCCCCUCUGUCAUCCUCAGCCCAGGCCAUCGCUGUCAUGGCCUACUCAAUGAAGGACGUGUACAGGCAGUUCAAUGAGGCCGUGCGCGAGGCCGGGAGCUCCCCCCAGGAGUACAGGGACAACUUCCACUUCAAAACGUUGCAUUUCCUGCUGACCCAGGCCCUGGUGAAGCUGAGGGAGGAUCAGAAUGCGCGGUGUCGCAACGUGACCCGGGGCGUGCAUGACAUCUGCUUCAUGGCGUGGCGUGGCCAGAGGGUCCGGUUUGGACAAUUCACAUCAACAUCGCUGAGCAAAGCCAUCCUCCAAAAAUACGGGACAGACACAGUAUUCCAGGUGUACACGUGCCACGGCGCAUAUAUCGAGGCUUUUUCCUACGAUCGAGAUAACCACGAGGUGCUGAUCCCACCAUAUGAAACCUUUGAGGUCACCAAAGUCACCCGGAAAGGGGACAAGGCAGAGAUCGAGCUCAGCUCCACCGGGACCUACAGCAAAUACAACUGCGAGUGGCUGGAAGGUGGGAGCGUACCCUUGUCCCCCUUCCACCUUGGAGGACUCGUCCUGGCCACCACAGCCCUGGCAGUGGCCACCGGGGCCCUCUGAACCACGAGGCCACCAACAUCACCGAGGUCACUGUGGUCACUGCGGCCAGCACUAUCACCAAGACCACCAGGACCACCAGACAAAUGAGGACACCAAGGUUACCAAGGCCACCACUGCCACUAUGGCCACCUUGGCAGCUACUGCCACCAUGAGGUCACUGGGGCCACCACUGUCGCCGUGGCCACCAUGGUCACUCUAACCAAGGACAUUGUGACCACUGUGAUCACCAAGACCCCCUGAGCCACAAGGCUGCCACAGCCCCGGUGACCACCGUGGCCACCAAAGCCAUUGUGCAAAGCCAUUCUAUUAAAUAGUUCUCUCAAAACAAUUCCAUUAAAGAAUUCUGUCAAAGCUCACAAGAAGAGAAAAUCCUUAAGCAGGGCUCGAUGUCACUCCCCACACCAACACUCAUGGGAACAUCUCUUUCUCUCAGCCUUGUGCAGGAUUUUGGGAAACAUCCCCUUCCCCGAGGGAGGGAGCUCUCACACAUUCCAUUCCAAGCAGGAAUAUGGCAGAGGAAUCUCUGUCUGAGAGGGGACUGGACAUUGCCAGGGUCAGCUGAUGGCCGGCCAG